CCAUUCCCCCUCCCGCCCCCACCGGUGUUAGAAAACCAGCCAACGACCGUCGCCUUGUGGGAGAAUCCAUUUUAAAGAGAGCACUCCAGUUGCGUGAUUAGCAAAUAGGUCUGCGUACUUUACUUUAAACAGCCUUUUCCCCCCCUCAAUUGGCAAGUGUAUUAACACAAAAUGGCCGACGUCGAGCAACAGUACAUGGAGACAUCAGAAAACGGCCACGAAGUCGACGACGACUUUAGUGGAGGCGACCAGGCCGGAGGAAACGACGACUGCGGCGGCGCAGGGGCCGACGACAACUCGCAGAACGGCGGCACAGAAGGCGGUCAAAUCAACGCGAGCAAGGGCGAGGAGGAUGCAGGGAAAAUGUUUGUUGGUGGCCUUAGCUGGGACACAACCAAGAAGGAUCUCAAAGAUUACUUCUCCAAGUUUGGCGAGGUGUCAGACUGCACCAUUAAAAUCGACCAGACAACAGGCCGGUCACGAGGCUUUGGCUUUAUUCUUUUUAAGGAGCCUGCUAGCGUAGAUAAGGUUCUGGAACAGAAGGAGCACAGGCUGGACGGGCGACAGAUUGACCCCAAGAAAGCUAUGGCCAUGAAGAAGGACCCAGUCAAGAAGAUCUUUGUGGGGGGCCUUAACCCAGACACUGCAAAGGAUGUCAUUGAGGACUACUUUAAAACAUUUGGAGAGAUUGAAACAAUUGAGCUUCCUCAAGACCCAAAGACUGAGAAAAGAAGAGGUUUUGUAUUCAUCACAUACCAGGAAGAGGGUCAUGUGAAGAAAGUCAUGGAGAAAAAAUACCACACUGUCGGUGGAAGCAAGUGUGAAAUUAAGAUAGCCCAACCCAAAGAGGUCUACCAGCAGCAGCAGUAUGGUGCUCGUGGAUUCAGCGGUGGUCGCGGAGGCAGGGGAGGCCGUCCAGGUCAGGGCCAGAACUGGAAUCAAGGUUACAACAACUACUGGAACCAGGGAGGAGGAGGAGGCGGAGGCGGAUACAACCAGGGCUAUGGCUAUGGACAGCAAAGCUAUGGCGGCUACGGUGGUGGCUAUGGCGGCUAUGACUACUCUGCUGGUUAUUACGGCUAUGGGGGUGGCUACGAUUACAACCAGGGCAAUACAAGCUAUGGGAAAACUCCAAGACGUGGCCACCCGAGUAGCUACAAGCCAUACUGAUCACACGUAGUGCAGGUCUAACGUAAAUAAGAAAAAGAGAUCCAUGGUCAGACCACAGCGACCUUGGGCUCUGGCUUUUCCUUUGGAGUUGGCAGAAAAUUUGGACUCAUGCUCCAUUUGUACAGAUCAAGUGAGGAACUGGGGAAGCAAAUGUCACUUUUCCACUUUUAUUUUAUAUUGUUUUGUGUCCAUUUACAUUUCCAGUGAUGGAAGUGUUAUUUUUACUGUACUUUUUGGUACCUUUUGAAUCUAAUGUAUUGUAUGGUUGUAUUUUUACAUGUCUACUGGAUUUACAAACAAAACAGCAAGAGCUUUUAAAGCUCACAAAUAAAACAAAUUAGGCUUUUUUUUUUCCAGUGUA